GCCGGCGACUUUGUUUUCCGCAGCAAAUGGCGGAUGACGCCGGUGCAGCAGGAGGCCCGGGAGGCCCGGGGGGCCCCGGCAUGGGAGGCCGAGGCGGCUUCCGCGGCGGCUUCGGCAGCGGGCUGCGCGGUCGCGGGCGCGGCCGGGGACGUGGGCGCGGCCGGGGUCGGGGAGCGCGCGGCGGCAAGGCCGAGGACAAGGAGUGGAUCCCCGUCACCAAGCUGGGCCGCCUGGUGAAGGACAUGAAGAUCAAGUCCCUGGAGGAGAUCUACCUGUUCUCGCUGCCCAUCAAGGAGUCGGAGAUCAUCGACUUCUUCCUGGGCGCGUCCCUCAAGGACGAGGUGCUGAAGAUCAUGCCGGUGCAGAAGCAGACGCGCGCCGGCCAGCGCACCCGCUUCAAGGCCUUCGUCGCCAUUGGGGACUACAACGGCCACGUGGGCCUGGGCGUCAAGUGCUCCAAGGAGGUGGCCACGGCCAUCCGGGGCGCCAUCAUCCUCGCCAAGCUGUCCAUCGUGCCGGUGCGCCGAGGCUACUGGGGCAACAAGAUCGGUAAGCCCCACACAGUGCCCUGCAAGGUGACGGGGCGCUGCGGCUCCGUCCUAGUGCGGCUCAUCCCCGCGCCCCGUGGCACUGGCAUCGUGUCGGCUCCGGUGCCCAAGAAGCUGCUCAUGAUGGCUGGUAUUGAUGACUGCUACACCUCGGCCCGCGGCUGCACCGCCACCCUCGGCAACUUCGCCAAGGCCACCUUUGAUGCCAUCUCCAAGACUUACAGCUACCUGACUCCCGACCUCUGGAAGGAGACGGUGUUCACCAAGUCUCCAUACCAGGAAUUCACGGACCACCUCGUGAAGACGCACACCCGUGUGUCCGUGCAGAGGACCCAGGCCCCCGCUGUGGCUACCACCUAAUUUUGUACACAAGAAAAAUAAAGCAAUUA